UUUGUGUUACAUUGCUGCCUCCUUCAUGUUUUUCCCGUCCACGACCCGCCAAAAUGUCUGCCUGCUUUGUUGAAGAAAAAAAUUAAAGCAGAGUGGAAAUUACGUUUCCAACGUUGUCGCUUUCGCCUACGAUGUGUCCUCCUGUUGGCUGAAAAUGCACCGGUAUGUUUACGUAUUGUAUUGUUUUAUUCUGUUAUCUACAUAUGUUUGAAUAGUGGUUGUGGUCCCGCCCCUCUCCGCUACAUAGCCAAGAUGGUGACAAUUGAGUGUGAAAAGUGUCCAGCGUUCCACACUCAACGAUUUGACCGUUUUGAGUACAACAUCCGGGUACUUUGAGUGCACUGCAUUUUGUCAUACUUCCCAGUGUGAACGCACUUAUGCACUGAAAAUAGUUAGUGUAAGUACGAAAGGACGCGGAUUGGAACACACUCAAAGUCCCAAAAUCAAAUUGGAGUCGAAGUCCUGGAAUGUCUUUUUAAGGGGGGAAAAAAAACAUACGGAUUAUUGCCAGCCUCCCCAAAAAGAGCUGGCUGUAGUCUUUAAGAGCAGGGCCCUGUACCCGGCAUGCCUUUCCCCAUCUUCCCCCCUUCUCUCCUCAUGUUUCUGAGGUCAGUAAACAAGAAGUGUGUGUUUCCCUUUAAGGAGCCCCCACCGUUUGCACAGCGGAGGGAGGAGAGGCAGGCCUGCGGAACAGCGGCUGAGGAAGGGAAAAAAAAAAAAAAAAUCCAACAGAGGACGGUUUCAAGUCCCCCCAAUAGAAACUGUGCCUGAUUUGUGGCCAAUGUUGGAGAUGUAAAAAAAAAAAAAAGAAAAAAAAAAAAAGAGAAAGAGAGGGAGGGAGAGGAGAGAGAAGGAGGAGGGAGGAGGGAGGAGGAGGAGAAGGGGGGGAGGAAAAACACUAAAGGGGUAGCUAUGGAGAUGGAGCGUUUUCCUGGCUGCUUUCUUUGACAGGUGUUGAGUGGGGCAAAAGUCUUAAAACAGAAUCCAGCAUGUACGCCAAAGGUAAAGGAGCUGUCGUCCCUUCCGAUAGCCAAGCGAGAGAAAAGUUAGCUUUAUAUGUGUACGAGUAUUUGCUGCAUGUCGGCGCACAGAAAUCAGCACAGACCUUCCUGUCAGAGAUCCGAUGGGAGAAGAACAUCACACUUGGGGAACCUCCAGGAUUUUUACACUCAUGGUGGUGUGUAUUCUGGGAUCUGUACUGCGCUGCCCCGGACCGGAGGGAGACAUGUGAACAUUCCAGCGAGGCCAAGGCUUUCCAUGACUAUAGUGCGGCCGCUGCUCCCAGUCCAGUGAUGGGCAACAUGCCACCCAAUGAUGGCAUGCCAGGAGGACCCAUGCCUCCGGGCUUCUUUCAAGGUCCUCCAGGAUCUCAGCCUUCCCCACACACGCAGCCUCCCCCACACAACCCCAGUAAUCCCAUGAUGGGACCUCACGGACAGCCAUUCAUGUCUCCACGGUACCCAGGUGGCCCAAGGCCCGCCCUCCGUAUGCCAAAUCAGCCUCCUGGGAGCAUCCCCGGGUCACAGCCUCUCCUACCAAACAGCCUGGACCCCACCAGACCUCAAGGACAUCCAAACAUGGGAGGUCCGAUGAGAAUGAAUCCCCCUCGAGGAAUGGGAGGCAUGGGCCCACAGAACUACGGCGGAGGGAUGAGGCCUCCUCCAAACUCCAUGGGGCCAGGGAUGCCGGGCAUGAACAUGGGUCCUGGUGGAAGAGGUCCAUGGCCGAACCCCAACUCCAACUCAAUAGCUUAUUCAUCUUCAUCUCCAGGCAACUAUGUGGGCCCUCCAGGGGGAGGCGGCCCACCAGGAACUCCCAUCAUGCCUAGCCCCGGAGAUUCGACAAACUCAAGUGAAAACAUCUACACAAUGAUGAACCCUAUUGGCCCUGGUGGAAAUAGACCUAAUUUCCCGAUGGGGCCGGGUCCUGACGGGCCUAUGGGUGGAAUGGGUGCUAUGGAGCAGCAUCAUAUGAACGGAUCACUAGGCUCUGGUGACAUGGAUGGGUUGCCAAAGAAUUCUCCCAACAACAUGGCAGGCAUGAACAAUCCUCCCGGCACUCCGCGGGACGACGGCGAGAUGGCAGGCAACUUUUUAAACCCAUUCCAAAGUGAAAGUUAUUCACCCAACAUGACGAUGAGUGUGUGAUUUUUUUUUAUUUUAUUUUAUCUUUUAUUUUAUUUUAUUUCUUUUUCCAUCUCCCUUUAUCCCCAAUCUCCCUCUCCCAUCCACCCUGGUGCGUCUUGGAUAACCCUCCUUCCUCCCCUUCCUCCUACCUCCUCCUCCUCCUCCUCGUGGACGGUGUGCUGUGCCACACAGCCCCUGGGGAUGCACCUGGAAAGCAGGACUCCCCUCAAGGCCCCCCAUCCCAACGCCUGUAAAAUGGGUUUAAGAACAUGAAAAGGCCUCCAAGCAACAGGAAGGGGCUCUUCUCCGCUUCUUCUUCUUCUUCUCCGCCUGCCGGGCCUCGACACGGGCCUUAGGACAGUAAGAGCCCGAAAACUGCUCCAAGCCUGUCUCUCCCGAACCCAAAAACCUGCCCUCAAGGGUGGCAUUCAAGCCCAAACAAGAUGCCCCGCUGCAUCUACCACCACUCCAUUAUAUCACGCUGAUCAUAACUUAUGAGGGCGCGCAGUUGUUGACUGACCGGAGCCGAAAAACCCUCAUUCAAAAACUCCUGUGUCAGGAAAAAAAAAAAAAAAAAAAGAUGAACUGAUAAUAUUAUUUUAGGGCAAAAACGGUUUUCAUUAAAUGUGUUUUUUUUUUGUUGAUGGUAAUAUUAUUGUUAUAAUUUUCAUAAUUGAUAUUAUUCUACUAAUGUAGUUAUGAUUUCCUGUAAAAGGGCACAUUUUAUCUCAGCAGCGGCAUCAACAAUGACAGAAUAAGCACACACUCGAAAAAUGCACAAUGAUUUUCUGUUUACAUGAUUUUAGGUUAUUUGAUGUUUGUCUUUUUUUGUCACAGUCCGUUUCACUUCACAUACCUCUCCUUUAAAAACUUCUUCUGAACUCGUAGCGUGAGUCUUUGCCACCGAAAUGUUUGUAGCACCAUUUGCAUAAACGUUCAAAGUCUUCACCUGAUGAAGUAGUUUGCGCCGAAGUGGCUAAAACUAUCCAUACAGUUAAAACAGAGGCUUUCUCAGAGCGCUGCUGUUUCCUGGUACAAAGUGUCUGCUGAAUGACCGUCUAGCUAUCUUGUCUUAAUAAGCACCCCUUCUCACAGUUGUCUAUGUUUUUACUGCAUGGGGAUGGCUCUGAGGUGCCAGUUCUCAUCCAGUAAUAGACAGAGCAUCUCUUCUAUGGAUUUGUCUGUAAAUACAACAUAUUUAGCUUGUAUUGUGGUUGUUUUUAUUAUUUGUUAUUUACAAGUUGUCUGUGAAUCCUAAAACGUGGUUCCUUCCCCUCCAUCACUUGGUUUGAUUUCAACUUCACUGUGGACUCCCAAGUGGCACUGUUUUCCUCCCAGGAUUCAUUCUGGUCUCUCGCCAAUGUCUCCUUUUUUUUAAUGGACUGGGAGAUAUCGUGGGAUACACUCGUGAAGCCUGCUCUCUUGCUUUGGAGUUUGGGGUGAACUCACAGAUCCUGUAUGAUCCAAGACCGGCUAAAUAACUGUCUCCAAUUGACCUGAUGAUGGAUCCAGAGUGUUGGGAGGCUGUAGCAGCGCUGAUGAUGGGAGGGUGGUUAACAGACCAUGCAGCCUCUCAUCAGUCUAAAGAAGAGGAACGACAACGGGACACUUUUUUGUCAUGGAUAUAUUUCCAUUUUUUUUUUUUUUUUUGUGGAUUGUUUUCAGCAGAUUUGUUUUUAUUUUAAAUGUAUUCAACUGAGAAAAAUGAAAGCCCAUAGAAUCUGCACACAAAGAAAAAGCAUAGUUACAUAUUUAAUUUCUUUCUGUAUGUUACGGCCUGAUCAACUCUCUCUGUCUCUCAUGGCAUCACGCUGCAGCGCUUACGUCAUGGCUGUGCUCAAAACCAACAAUAACUAAACAACCAUUGUAGCCUCUACGGGUGAUGGUGACGUACUUAUCAAUUUUCUGAUAUCAAUGUGAACAGAUUGUACCCAGAGUUUGACGGGGGGACAUCUCCAGGACUCUCCAGUGUAGUGACACACACCUUCCCUUCUUUCCUAUCCCUCACCCCUCCCUCUUUAAUUUCCUUUUUUGUAAAUACUGUAUAAUGCAUUUUGAUAUCAUUGACAUGUUUUGAUAUGUCAGUCACUACCAAUGAAUACAGCUGAAAGUAAAUUAUAAAUAAAUCUGUCCAUGUUUUUUCAUAGAGAAAGGAUGCGCUGACUAUUUGGCUCGUGUGGCUAAAAUUUCCAUACAAAAUGUAUAGAAACACAGUAACACAAUAAAUGCAGACUGUAUGACUUGUAUGGUGGGGAGGAUAGGACAGAGAGAGGACAGGACAGGACAGAGAGAAGCAAACAAGCUGUGGCGUCCUCACUCUGCCCUUGUCUCCUUAUGUUUCAGUUAAAUGUUACUAUUGGCUUUGAAUAAUCCUUUUUUUUCCAAAGGGCAUCUUCUCACACACAAAAAAAAAACAUGUGACCUCUUAUUGCAGUUUUUAAUAUGAAGGAUUUUUAUCAAUUCAAGAAAACUUUUAAAAACACUUAAGAGAACCUCAUUUUAAAUUAAGAAUAGAUCAAAAAGUAACUGUGUCCUUUGCUAUUUGCUCCUGUUCUAGCGUUGUAUAGAUCGAAGCUCUCUCACUGAUCCUCUCUCAGUCCUCUGUGUAUAUCGAUCGUUGGCCAUCUCUGUACUUCUAUUGUGAUGUAUAAUACUGUACCAUUAGGAAGAUUUGCUGGUCGGGCGGGGUGGUGAUGUUGAGUCGGGGAGGGGUGGGGAAGCAAGGGAAGGGGAUAUAAAUGAUUCUCCUGUACCAUUCAUGGUCCUUUCUGAUGACACGGCAGUAUUCAAUAUGAAGCAGUCUGUCUCUUGGGUUUGCUUUGUAUUUUCAUGGUAGGAUAGUUCAGAAUCUUGUCUUAGGGACUUAGGUGUCUUGUGUAGGUAAUAAAGAUGUUCUUUGUAUGUUUCUUUAUAUUGUAAAGUUUCUUUAGACUGAAAGAAAAACAGAUAAUUUGCUUAUCAAAAAAGAAACAAUGCAUCAAUAAUAAAUGUCAUUUGAUUUUU